AUGGGCAACGCUGGCAACAAACAUGAUACGUGUCAGCACUGCCGCAAAGCGUUUAAAUAGGUCGAAAAGUCUGCCUGUGAUACUGCUGAUCAGACAUCAGCUAGGAAGACUCGACACACUGACAUGUUGGACCACAGCUCCAUGGAGAGGCUGCUGCAAACUAACACUUUACCGAGGAACAGAGAUUCAGCUCUAAACCAAAUACAAUACUAAAGGAAAUGUUAAGAAAAGCUUGAGAAAUGUCAGAUAAAAGUGAGAACAACACUGUCAACAAACCACAAGCUGCAUGUAAAACCGUGCUUGUUACUGGUGGAGCUGGGUUCAUUGGGUCACAUCUUGUCAUCCUUUUGGCUGCCAGAUAUCCUCUGUGGCGGAUCAUUAAUGUUGACUCGUUGAACUAUUGCUCAAGUUUGAAGAAUCUGAUUUAUCUUGAGAACACAAGCACUUACAAAUUCAUUCAGGGGGACGUGUGUGACCAAUACUUUAUCGAUCAUAUCUUUUCUACUGAAAAUAUAGACAUUGUCUUUCACUGUGCUGCUCAAUCACACGUUGAGAAUUCCUUCUUGUACCCAUCCCAGUUCAUGCAUGUGAAUGCAGCUGGCACAACUGUACUACUCCAAGCAGCAUGCAAAUUUGAAGUUGAAAAAUUCAUUUAUAUGAGCACCGAUGAGGUUUAUGGAGACAGUGUGGAUAAGUAUUUCGAUGAGUCGAGCCCAAAACAGCCAACCAAUCCAUAUUCAACAUCCAAAGCUGCCGCUGAAAACAUUGUGAUGUCGUACUGGAGAAAUCACAAGCUUCCUGUAGUAAUUGCACGGAGCAGUAAUGUAUACGGGCCACGGCAGUAUUAUGAAAAGGUCAUUCCACGGUUUCUAUGUCUCUUACAAGAAGACCAAAAAUGCACUAUUCAGGGGACAGGCCUUCAGUCCCGUCACUUUCUUUAUGUAGAUGAUGUGACCGAGGCACUCUUGAUACUCAUGAAAAGGGGCAUCAUGGGAGACAUUUACAACGUUGCAGCCAACUUUGAAAUAGCUAUCAUACAGCUAGCCAGAGAACUGGUAAAGAUGGUGAAAAAUGCUUCUAACGACAAGUUGGAUGAUUGGCUACUGUUUGUUGAUGACAGACCUGUCAGUGACCUUAGGUACCCCAUGAUCUCAGAAAAGAUGCACAAACUUGGAUGGAAGCCAAAGGUACCAUGGGAAGAAGGCAUCAGAAGAACAAUUAAAUGGUAUGACGAGAACAAAAGCUACUGGCAAAUGGUCACUGAAAAAGACCUUCAAGGGUGUUAAUGAUGGAACCUUUUAUUUCAAAAUGCAAAGACCCAUCGUCACAAAUGUAUAUUUGUAUAUUUACUUCAAACGAUGACUUAAUUAGAAACAAAUUUUGAUAUUUUUUGCCACAAUGUGAACUAUGCAGGUUUUAAUAGCAUUUUUAUUAAAAUCACACUUUCAAUUUCCUUGUGUUUUUAUAUAUACACUAUUGCCAGAGAUAUAAUCAAACACCUGACCAGACCAGUCAAACUCGUGUGCUGUUAAUGAUCUCCACUCAUCUGGGAAGACUUUACAGAUUUUGGAGAACGUCAGUAGGGAUUUGUUCACUCAGCCAUGUGGUCAUCAUAUAUAGGUGUGAUGGUCAGUGCUGACAUUUGUUCAUAAAGGUGUAGGUUGAAAGUGGAAAAGUGGAACUGUGACCUACUUAAGAUCAAGCACAAUUAGCUUUUCCUCAAUUCAGAACAAUCAGUAUUAAAAAGAGGUGUCUAAAUUAUUGAAAUGUACAGCAUAAUGUCUGCACAUGAAUAAUGAAGUCACUCCUACCUUUGUGAUAUAUAGUGAGAUUGCUUUUCCCAUGUGAAUUGUCACAAUGGACUUUAUUGUAAAUUAUGUAUUUUCACACCACACCCUUUAAUUUUUAUACUUUGAUUGUUUAUUUAAUUUAAUCUGUGCCAUUUUCUUGUCUUGUACUGGAAGGUUUGUGGAACAUGUCAUUCUUGAUUUGUAUAUUUCCUACUACCUUAAUAAAAAAAAUACUGCUAUACUGAUAA